AUGCUGAGGUCAGUCACCCACUGCUGUCUCCUGUCCCUUGGAGCUCUCUUGUUCAGUCUGAGCCUGGUAGAUUCCAGGUUCCUCCACAGGGACCUGCAGUUGGAGGCACUGAAGACAGGUAUCCUGGAAAAUCUGGGCAUGGACAAGCCACCACAGUUCAAAGGGCCGGUGUCUUAUCAGGAGCUGAGAAGAGUGUUCCGGCAAUACAGGGAGAUGAUGCAACUUCACAGAAGCAAUUUCAGCCAGGAGGUGGAACCUUGGCUUGGACAGCAAUAUUCUACUGUGCUCCACCCCACUACAGUGGCACACCUGAGGAGACACGUAGGACGACAUGCCAGAGUGGAUUCUCAAGUUCAGUGGUACAGGGCAGUCUUCCGCACGAGCUCAGAAGACAUAAAUCUGUCAGCUUUGGCCCAUGCAGAGUUGAAGCUUUACAGACAGCAACAGGACAAUUCACCUCCUGGCCAAUCACAUAAUAGACAGACAAUUUUUGUAAAAAUACAUGAAAAGGGACACAUCACCCCCUCUUUCUUUCGACACAUGCACACAUACAAAAGUUCAAAUGUUCAGAAUGUUACACUGGAUGUGAAAGUGCAAGUUGAGAGAUGGCUCAUGAAAUCUGGAGUUAAUCCAUUAAUUGUUGAUGUGGGCAUUGCCACAGGAGAGAAAGGGAGUCUUGAGAGUGUACCUAAGAUUAUGUUAGAGCUGAGCCAAAAGGGAGGAAAAUCAAGAAAACCCCGGUCUGCAACAGAGGAUGGCAAUGACAUUGAGGGCAAGUGCAGAAGGAAAUCAUUAGAUGUUUCUUUCAAGGAGAUUGGGUGGUCAGACUGGGUCAUUGCUCCCACUAGUUACACCAUGUACUUCUGUGAUGGUACCUGCCCACACAACUAUAAACCAGCAAGCAUGCACACACAGGUGAAGGCCCGCGUGCAUCAGAUGACCAAAGGGGCCACACCCCUCCCGUGCUGUGUGCCUGCUGCCUAUGAGCCCAUGAUCCUCAUGCACUAUGACAGUCAGGGAAAAUUAAAAGUCACACCUUUUAAUGAUCUGAUUGUCAGCAAAUGUCACUGCGCAUGA